GUAAUAGCAUAUAUAUAAAUACCAUAGACAAAUUCAGUUGUACUUAGACAAAAUAUCUAUAUAUUUUAACGUGUCGAUUUUAUUGUUUAGAAAGAUAAGUUGGCGUCAUAGAACUAUUGUUUACUAACUAAUAAUAUUGUAGAAAUAAGAAAUAAAUAUGAGCGACGAUGAUCGAGACAUCGAUAUAGAAAGCGAUGAAGGUGACGACUCUGAUUCUAGGCAAAGACAUUCCAAUAACACACAAUAUUAUUCCCAGGCUGAAAAACGUGCACAUCAUAAUGCUUUAGAACGUAAACGAAGAGAUCAUAUCAAAGAUAGUUUUUCAAGCCUUAGGGAUUCUGUACCUGCUUUACAAGGUGAGAAAGUUGCUAGCAGAGCACAAAUACUUAAAAAAGCAGCGGAGUAUAUACAAUUCAUGCGACGUAAGAAUUCCUCUCACCAACAAGACAUCGAUGAUCUAAAAAGGCAAAACAGUUUAUUGGAAACUCAAAUACGAACACUCGAGAAGGCAAAAAUUACUGGGAAUUUUGCCGCAGAAACAUGUGAGGUGUCUAAAUCCGAUUCAAUUGGAAUGGGUGGUUACAAUGAUUCUGAAUCGGAAUCUUCAGACAGUGAAACUGGACGAGCAAUUCGUCAACCCAAAAAAUUAAAAGUUGCUGGUUUACAUCAUUGACAAAAACUGAAGAAAUUCCAUCAGAAUUGAUUAUUCUAGAACUUCAGUUUGAUAUAAUACAAUCAUCUUGUUAUAAGUUAUAAAAUAUACAUUUUAUGUAAACUUAAGUAAAUUAAGUACCUAUUUAAAUAAAUGAUCCGAUUUUAUUUAUAGUAUAUAUGUGUAAUAUAGUAAAAGAUAUUAUCCUUAUUAUAUUGUAGUAUGUAAUAAAAUAUUCUGUAAUAAGAGAAAUGAUGUUAUAAGGAUAGCGUGUUGCAUCGCACGGACCAAUAAAAAGUAUACAGGUACAAACUUAUACAGAAAUUAAAUAUAAACAA